AGAAUUAGAAAAGGAAUAAUUUAUCCUCUGAGUACCGACUCAAAACCCCCAAACCUAAACCUAAUUUUUCUGAUACAAUUUUCAUCCGUCGCCUCAAAGCACUCUUUCGCACAUCCGCCGCUUAAUUCCUCCGCCGUUCCUUCACACCCGCCGCUUCAUUCUUAUUAAAUUUCAGUUUUUCUUCAUCCUUUUUCUCCUUUCACAAAUGGCAACAAGAUUGCAGUACGAGAACAAUAGCGAGAUUGGGGUUUUCUCCAAGCUUACGAAUGCGUAUUGCCUUGUUGCAAUUGGUGGUUCUGAAAACUUUUACAGCACGUUUGAGGCUGAGUUGGCCGAUGUAAUUCCGGUCGUUAAAACUUCCAUUGCCGGCACUAGAAUCAUCGGACGCCUCUGCGCUGGAAAUAAAAAUGGGUUGCUGUUGCCUCACAAUACUACUGAUCAAGAGCUUCAACACUUGAGGAACAGUCUACCAGAUUCAGUGGUUGUUCAGCGCAUUGAUGAAAGAUUAUCUGCCCUAGGGAACUGCAUUGCUUGCAAUGACCAUGUCGCUCUUACACAUCCCGAUCUUGACAGGGAAACUGAGGAAAUGAUUGCUGAUGUUCUAGGCGUUGAAGUUUUCCGACAAACUGUUGCCGGCAAUAUACUUGUGGGGAGUUACUGUGCACUUUCAAAUAGAGGUGGCUUGGUCCAUCCUCAUACAUCAAUCGAGGAUCUAGAUGAACUCUCGACACUUCUUCAAGUCCCUUUGGUGGCUGGCACAGUGAACCGUGGUAGUGAAGUGAUAGCUGCUGGUCUGACGGUCAAUGAUUGGACAGCAUUCUGUGGUUCAGACACGACUGCGACUGAGUUGUCUGUCCUCGAGAGUGUUUUCAAGUUGAGAGAAGCUCAACCGAGUGCUAUUGUUGAUGAGAUGAGAAAAUCAUUGAUCGACACCUAUGUUUGAAUUACCCUUUUGAACUUUGGAUAAACCUUUCUCCUUUUCAAUGUGUAGAUGAAGCUACUACGAUUCCUUCCGGGCUUGAGCUUUAUUUUGUGGAAAGACUUUUUUUUUUGUCCUUGUUAAAUUUUGUUACUCCAUUAUGUAAGCUUCGUAACUGUUGGAUUAAAAGUAUCAUCUUGUUUUCUGUUCGUUUCAGUCACUUUGCGGCGGUGUUUAUUCGUUAAUGAAUUGCUCUACUUGGGUGA